AUGAACGUUUAUCUACCUGGUUAAAGUUUAAAUUUACCUCAAGGGAAUGUUAGAUAUUCAGCAGGAUAAGGAUGCUAUGAAUUGAAUGGCAAAAUAUUUGCUUCUAUUUGCGGAAAAUGCUAAAUUGAUAAAGACAAUAUAGUAAGUAUAGUUCCUUUAGGCAACAAAGUAGCAAAUUUACAAGUUGGCUCAAUAGUGACAGCUAAGGUGUUAAGAAUUAGAGACAAUAAAGUUGAAGUCAAAAUAAUGAUGGUAGAAGAUGCUGUGAUUAACUAUAAUUUAUAAGGAAUAAUUAGAAAAUAAGAUGUUAGAUAAACUAAUUUAGAUAUUUUAAAAAUGGAGGAAUAAUUUAUUCCAGGAGAUAUCAUUAAAGCUAGAUUUAUAUCAUAUGGCGAUUCAUAAAAAUUAUAUUUGUCUGUGACCGAAGAUGAAUUAGGAGUAGUUUUUGCUAAGCAUACUGAAUCUAAAUAGCUAAUGAUUCCUUUCAGUUGGGAAGAAAUGAUUUGUGUAUAAACUGGAUAAAAAGAAAAAAGAAAAGUAGCUAAACCAAAUAUAUCUUUAUUCUCUGCUUAAAUGUAAUGA